UUCUCACAGGUGAAAAAGGGUCAAGAUGCUCCAGUUUAUGUCAUCAACCUUCUUGUCUCUGAUCUCAUUCAGUUCUGCUGCAGAAUUCCAGUAGAUCUAUAUAAUCCUGGUCUAUCCAGUGCCAUUUGCUCUGACAUUUUAUAUCAUGCUUUUAUGGUCAGUGUCGGAUUCAUGGUGUGUAUCUCCUGUGAAAGGUAUCUGGUCAUUACCAAGCCACUGUGGUACAGAUUCAGGAGAAACAUCAAGACAUAUGUGGUGGUCUGCAUUGUGGUCUGGAUACUUCCACUUCUUUUUCUGCUAUUUGCUUUUCUGACUCUAGGUGUUCAGAUGGCUGCUUUCUCCCUCAUAGUUGUUCUCAUCCUGCCUUUUCCCUUGUUCAUCUUCUUCCUGGUUGGGACUAUCAAAGCUCUCUCUGGAGCUCUCAGUGUCCCAGCAGAUGAAAAACGACGAAUAGCAGCCAUUCAGGUUGUGGUGCUGAUUAUUUACGCUCUGCUUUAUCUGCCCAUCAUCAUCAUUGUGCUUCUACAAGUCAUUGGAGAGCUAAAUUAA